UUUGCAGGGGAAGGGGGGGGACCUCCUGAUCUCCCCCCCCCCCACCCAUUAGCCCCUUUCUGCAGCAUCUUAGGAGCUUUGGUCAGGGGGCCUGAGCCCCCUUGCAGGUGGUGCAUUGCAGGGCAGGGGGCAUGGGGCAUGCAUGGUGCAGGAUACGUGCACCACCCCAGCAAUUUUCAGUCCCCAAACCAUGUCUCCUUUCCCUCCCCUCCUCUGCAAGAAUUUCCACCAACACGUGAGCGAACUGAUCCUCCAAGAUAACGUAGUGGAAGCCAGACGCCGCUCAAUAUGACGACUGAAACCUUUGUAAAGGACAUUAAACCCGGCUUGAAAAACCUGAACCUUAUUUUUAUUGUACUGGAAACAGGUCGGGUGACCAAGACAAAGGACGGCCACGAGGUGCGGACGUGCAAAGUGGCCGAUAAAACCGGCAGCAUCAACAUCUCGGUGUGGGACGACGUAGGGAACCUCAUUCAGCCGGGAGACAUCAUCCGAUUGACCAAAGGCUACGCGUCCAUUUUCAAAGGCUGCCUGACCCUCUACACGGGCCGCGGAGGAGACCUGCAGAAAAUCGGAGAGUUCUGCAUGAUUUACUCCGAGGUCCCGAACUUUAGCGAACCCAACCCGGAGUACGUGACCCAGCAGUCCCAGACCAAAGCCGCCCAGAACGACAACGCGACCCCUGCUGCUUCCCAGACCACCCCGGGCCCCGCCGCUUCGUCCCCAGCUGCCGAGAGCCAGAACGGCAACGGGCUGAGUGCCCCAGGCCCCGGCGCCCCCCCCCACCCGCCAAACGUCCCGUCCCACCCCACCAGCGGCCGGAUCACCAGGAGCCAGCCGAAUCACCAGGGCGCGGGCUCGGCUGGGUCCAGCUCGUCCUCCAGCCCCAUCAGCAACGGCAAAGAGACCCGGCGAAGCAGCAAGAGAUAACACCGUGGGGUUGGGCCCCCCCCCCAGCUCUGUGCCGGCUCGCCCCAGGCCCCACUGCCCAGGCAGGAGGGCGGAUGAGGAGCGGGGGAGAGACCGUGGCCGGCUGACGCUCCAGGCUAGAUCAGAGACAGUGAAACCAAGAGCGUUUUCGUCGCCGCAGUCGCGACCGUUUUAACUGGGACUGUGGCGUUCUCCUGAGCAGAGACAGGGAGGGGGCGUCCCCCCCCCCAUUGGAAACCAGCCCUUUAUCUUCACGGAGCCACAGCCAACAGCCCUGCCCCUGCCGGCAUCCCCACGUGCCCCUCUGGGGGCAGUGCCAGCCCCCCACCUCCCCACAUCUCACUGGAUUUUGUUCCUUUGGCGGAUUUUUUACAAAUAUCCUGAAACAUUUUAGCAAACUUUAAAAAGCCGAUUUCGCCAGGUGGGGGUCAGUGGCGAGGGGGCAUAGGACGGGAGGGGGCGGCAGUGGGCCCCCCCCCCUCCUUGCCCCUGGGAGGGGCCCGUUUGGGUCGUGGUGUCUCAGCGGAGGGUACCUAAGACUGAACUUGGAGCCAACUCUCCUCCGUCCCCGGGGCCAGCCCCAGCUCAGGGACCCUCGGGGCACACGCAGCGGAAGGGGGGGCGCUGGCUCCAGCCCAGUCGGCCGUGAUCCCCGCCUGGGCCCCCUGCAGGGAACGAG